GUCCCGAACUUAUAUAUGGUUGAUUUCUGAACACGUGACUAACGCGUCGCGAUCGGCUUUGUUGAUAAAGUCUAUCGGCGUACAAAUAAGGUUCAAACUGGGAGUAUAAGUAUUGCGCGUUUGUUGCUGCAAUAUCCCUCAGUCAGCCCCGCCAUUACCGUCAUCAGCAUAUCUUCACGACCCCUCCAUUUACUCGCCAUUAUGAUCUCUUCUACUACCAUGACCCACGCCGCGCGCGUUGUUAUGCAAGGCUAUCUGACAGCCUCGUUUUUCAAAGAAAUCGUCAUCGACCACACUAUUCAGGUCGUGUCCGAAUCAGAGGAGGUCUCCGUUAGCCUUGUUACAUUCACUGUCUGCUUCUCGACAGCCGUCCUUCUUCAAGCCUCCGCCAAAGCUGCUCGACAAUUCCUCAGCGAUGAUUUCCAACGCGUCCCCGCUCUCAAGGACCAUACCGCUGGGCUCAACGCACCAUUUGCUGAAGGCGACAUUUUGGAUGCUAUCUCAAUAACCAAGGCUUUCGGAACACCAGCUCGGCCAUCCUCGUCGCGUGCAGUGAUUGAAUCAACCGAACCCAGCUUUGAGGCUCCCACCAAAGGCUUAUCGACGGCUGAUUCUGACACGACACUCAUCGCCGACGAUGAGGAGUUAGCCAAGGACGUGUUCUGCUGCGACCGUGUCUUAGACGUCGAGUCGCUUGCUGACGAAAGCACUUUCUACGAGGACGACUGCCAGGCUACAGCACACUGCCUUGCAGACGAUGAACCGGACCACACCUUGCACGCUGGAUACGACCCACAAACUAUCGACAACCUGACCAGAAGAUUUUCAGCUAUUUCUCUCGACGAUGUACCCGCUCGUUUAUCGGCCAUUUCUCUCGACAAUGUAUCCCCUCAUUUAUCAUCCACCUCUCUCGACAAUGUAUCUUCUCAUUUAUCCCCUCUUUCCCUCGACAAUGUAUCCUCCCAUUUAUCCGUUCCUUCUCUCGACGAUGUAACAUCUCAUUUAUCAACCCUUUCCCCGGACUAUGUGUCCUAUCAUUUAUCCAUUCCUUCUCUCGACAAUGUACCCUCCCAACUAUCAACUAUUGGACAACAUCACACUCUACAUGACCACACUAUCGACAUCCUACCUGAUUCAUCUCAGCACACUAUCACCAACCUACCUGUAAUUCUUCCUCUCGACAAUGGUUCCCCUCAGUCAUCGAAAUGUCAGCCCCAACGCACUCUAGUACACGACCACUCUAUCGACAAUCUAAUCAAAAAAAUAGCAGCUCUUUCUCUCGAUGAGGUUCCUUCUCAAUUAUCGAAACUUCGCCCGCAUCACGCUCUACACGACCACACUAUCGACGCGCUACCCAAUAACACAAAAGCUCUUGCUCUCGACGACGACCACACUAUCGACGCGCUACCCAAUAACACAAAAGCUCUUGCUCUCGACGACAACCACAGUGACACUAUCGACGCUCUACUGCAAACACCAGAAGCUCUUACUCUCGACGACGACCACGCUAUCGACAACACAGAAUCUCUUACUCUCGGCGACGACCACGCUUUCGACGCUCUACCGCAAAAAUCAGAAGCUCUUACCCUCGACGACAACCACGCUAUCGACACGCUGCCUGAUAACACAGAAGCUCUGACUCUCGACGACAACCACGCUAUCAAUGCUCUACUGCAAAACUCGGACGCUCUAACUACCCUUCACGACGACACUAUCUACGAUCUACUCCAAAGGAUGGAAACGCUUACUCUCGACGAUACCCCCCUUUAUGGUCUCGGUCCUCGACACUUACGCCGCGAUGCAUCUUACAAGACGACACUACCAGCACUCAUGUUAGCUGUUCUUAGCCCUCGGAAUCUCAACUACGACUCACCCUACACGACGAUGCUAUCAACGCCAUACUUCGACAUGUGGAACCUCUUAUUCUCCACGAUAGUCCCUCACAGUCGUCAAAAUUUCGACUACUAGCACAUUAUCGAUAUCCUACUAGCCGCUAAACUCCACGCGACGUCUACGAAUGAGUCCCCUACGACCAAACGCGUCAGACAUCGUCGCAUCCAACACGUCUUCGGUAUCAGAGGUCCCCUACGACCAAUCUGAUGACGCCUGCUAAUGGCCUCCCUCACUGUCCCCUACGACAUGGAGUCAUUAUCCAUGAGGUCGAAGGCCCUCACAUUCUAUACACCCAACCUAUCGCAAGU